AUGGCGGAGGGGGGCAGCGGUCGGGGGGUAGCGGCGGGUCGGUGUCUGCUGCCCGCCUCCUCCCCGCCUUCCUCCUCCUCCUCCUCCUCCUCCUCCUCCUCCUCCUUCUUCUUCUUCCCGGCUAGGAAAGUUUCGCCGUCGGUCGCCGAGCACCAACCGGGCCGGGGUGUUGGCAGCCUGGCCCCAUCGGUGCGGCAGCUCUCGCUUCGUUUCACCGAGCCGGAGCCAACGGGCCCGGUUCAUGCCGGGGCUCAGCCGCCGUCCCCGGCUCCACCGCCGCCGCCGCCGUCGUCGCCGCCGGGCCCCGGGUUGAACGCGGAGCCGCCGCGUUGGCCCAGCGUCCCGGCGAUGCGGAAACUCUUCGGGGAGAGCUGCCGGCAAGCGACGGGGGGAACCGGGAAUGGCAGCGGGAUAGGGAAUGGCAACGGGAAUGGCACCGGGAGGGGAGCUCCGCCGCCGCCUCCACCCCGCAGCCGCGUCCCGCACCCGGCGCUCCGUUCUCCCCGCGGAGCUCCGCCGGAGCCCGGCCCGCAUUCCUGGCAUAACUCGGCUCGACCGCAACCACCCUCCUCCUCCUCCCCAUCACCCCGCUCCAACGGGGAGUUCGAGGCAGCCGCAUCCCGUUCCCCCCGUGCUUCCUUGGGCAGCGAAGGCGAAGGGCAAACCGGAGCCCAUCGGCACCGCGCCGCACGGAAGAAGAAGCAGGAGAGCGGUGGUUGGGAGAGCCCCGCCGAGGGUGGCGAUGCUGAGGCCGAAGGCUGCGGGAGGGUCAUCCCUCGCCAUCCCGUGCCUGUGGUGGCCCGUGUGUCCAAGGUGAACAUCCUGCCCUUCAGCAGCCCUGGUGGGUCGCGCAGCAGCAGUCGUUAUUCCAGCACGGAGACACUGAAAGAAGAGGAACAGUUUGGGGUCUGUUGGCCCAACCAAGGACGGACUCUCCAGGCGGGUUAUGGCAUCUAUAGAUCACCCAGUUUUGGGACCAGUGAUGGCCUGGCGUGGGGACAACCGGCUGUCCGUGUCCGUCCCAAGCUGCCGCAGGGCACAGCCAAGGUAAAACCGGACUUUGGGAGCGAGAGCCUGCACCAGCCGGGGCUGGAAGGGGACCAAGCCAAGCACCGUAAGUCUUUGUCCAACCCUGACAUCGCCACCGAGACCCUGACGCUCCUCAGCUUCCUCAAAUCAGACCUCUCGGAGCUGAAGGUGAAGAAGAAAGGGGUGAGGAUUGGCAUUGAUGCAGGCUCUGAUGGCUGCUCCGGCAUCACCAGCACAUCCCCAGGCAGCCGUGGCACCGCUCAGCCCCUCAACCGCUGGGCACCGGGUGAGCGGCCAACACUCAAGGACCUGACAGCCACUUUGCGUCGUGCCAAAUCCUUCACCGAAAAAACAGGGACACGGAGGCUUUUCCUACAGAGCACCAUGAAGCAGAGCUCCUCCGAGCUCCUCCUGGCCACCACCGACAGCCAGGACCGGGUGGCUUUGGAUGGGGGACAGCGGGGGGAUGAGGAUGCUCUGCCCAUGGUCAUCCAGGACCAGUACAUCCAGGAGGCGAGGCAGGUCUUUGAGAAGAUCAGCAGGAUGGGUUCCCAGCAGGAUUAUGGCUUCACGACCGAGCAGAAGGACAGUGGAGGUGUGGAGGGUGCUGAGAUGGUGGCAUUGACAGGGACAACGGAGGUGACCCUUGGUGGACGAUCAGAGACCACAAGGUGUUUGAAGGAAGCAGAGUUGGAGGAGAGCAUCACUCAUAGGAAAUCCAUAGAGGAGCUAUCAGGCCACGAGUCAAGCGUGACGGACGAGGGCAUCGUCACAGAGCCAGAACCCAUGGGGAUGCCCUUCCAAGACCUGCAUGAAGGGGUGGAUGCCUGGACACUGCCCAACACCAGCCCUGCAGCCACUGGCACGGAGAUGCCACUUCAUCCUCACCCAACCAUGGCGGUUGAAGACCUUCCCAAUGGCAAAUCCGAGGCUCCCAGCACGCCCGGCAGCUUGCGGCGCCGCCGUAAGUUCCCCUCGGUGGGUACCAAUGGCAUGGAGGGUGGCAAUGAGGGUGGCACUGAGCCCUACCGCUCCCUAAGUGACCCCAUGCCCCACCGGAGAUGCUCAAUGGCAGAGGAGGCAAAGAACUUCUCUGUUGACAGCAACCUCUUGGGUUCAUUGAGCACCAAGACGGGCAUCCCCCAACCUGCCACCAUUGCAGGCAGUGCAGGCAGCGCAGGCAGCGACCUGUCCCUGGGCAGCGAUGGGCCACGGGACUACAGCAGCCUCAUCCAAACCAUCGUCAGCCAGCCUGGUGCCAUGGCAAAGCUCAUCGAUGACAAGGGCAAUGGCAAGACCAUCAAGAAGAAGUCAUUGAGUGACCCCAGCCGCCGCGGUGAGCUUCCAACCGGUGCCUUUGAAGGUCCUGGUGAGGCCAUCAGCGAGCUGGAACCCAGCAUCCCCCCAUCCAGCAGCGAGCCCAUCCUCUCGGCACAACCAGCAGCACCAAGCCCUGGCUAUGGCUUUGACCCCAUGUUAGCUGAUGUGUUGUCCCCUCGCAUCGCCCGGCGCAGCUCCAAGAAGCGCUCCAACCGAGCUGCUCACCAGGAGAACCAACCACCACCAGCACCCACCAUCCUCACCAAGAGCCGCCCGGCCACCAAGCACAUCCGGCACACCAGUGAGCCCGCUACCUUCGUCCCCAUCACCGUCCCCGAGCCACUGGUCCCCUCUGGUAACCACAGCCCAGCACCGGCUGCUGGACGCCCAUCCGGUAAAGGCUUCCCAAGCCUCCAGCCUCCAUCCCUGGAGGAUGUCACCAAGCGGUACAUGCUGUCCCUCAACUCAGGUGAUGGGACCCCCAGUCCUGCGGAUGGACCCCGCUCUCCACCCGCUGCCCCACAGCCCCGGCUGCCCCGGUGCCCACGGCCACCCAAUGAGCAUGGCCCCAGGAGCAAGCCACAGGUGGACAUGAGGAAACACGUCAUCAUGACGCUGCUGGACACGGAGCAGUCCUAUGUGGAGUCCUUGCGCACCUUGAUGCAGGGUUACAUGAAGCCACUGAAGCAACCGGAGAACUCUCUGCUGUGUGACCCAUCACUGGUGGAUGAGAUCUUUGACCAGAUCCCGGAGCUGCUGGAGCACCACGAGCAGUUCCUGGAGCAGAUCCAUGACUGUGUGCAGAACUGGCACGAGAAGCAGAAAGUGGGCGACCUACUGGUGCAGUCGUUCUCCAAGGACGUGCUGGUGAACAUCUACUCUGCCUACAUCGAUAACUUCCUCAAUGCCAAGGAUGCUGUCAGGAUUGCCAAGGAAGCCCGGCCGGCAUUCAUGAAGUUCCUGGAGCAAAGCAUGCGGGAGAACAAGGAGAAGCAGGCUCUGUCUGACCUGAUGAUCAAACCAGUGCAGAGGAUCCCACGCUACGAGCUGCUGGUGAAGGACCUGCUGAAGCACACACCUGAGGACCACCCCGACCACCCCUUCCUCAUCGAUGCCCAGCGCAACAUCAAGCAAGUGGCCGAGAGGAUCAACAAGGGCAUGAAGAGCGCGGAGGAGGUGGAGAGGAACGCACGGAUCGUGCAGGAGAUCGAGUCCCACAUUGAAGGGAUGGAGGAUCUCCAGGCCCCACUCCGCAGGUUCCUGCGCCAGGAGAUGGUCGUGGAAGUGAAGGCAGUGGGUGGGAAGAAGGACCGCUCCUUCUUCCUCUUCUCGGACCUGCUGGUGUGCACCACAUUGAAGCGCAAGUCAGGCUCCCUCCGCCGCAGCUCCAUGAGCCUGUACACAGCGGCCAGUGUGAUUGACACUGCCAGCAAGUACAAACUGCUCUGGAAGCUGCCACUGGAGGAUGUGGACAUCGUUAAAGGCGCCUCUCAAGCCACCAACAGGGAGAGCAUCCAGAAGAGCAUCUGCCGCCUGGAUGAAGACCUCAGCACGUUGGGGCAAGUCAGCAAGUUAUCAGAGACCCUCAGCUUCCCCCACCAGAGCCUGGAUGAUGUGAUCAAGGACCUGAUGGCCGCCAUCCACCGGGAGCUGGCGGAGAAGCAAUCCCUGUCCUUCAGCAUGGCCUUCCCCCCCAACAAGGUGGAGCUCAGCACCACCAAAGCUGAUGGCACCGAGAACUUCAUCUUUGAGUUCCCCAACCCUGAUGCCCGGCUCGGCUUCGAGCAAGCCUUUGAGGAUGCCAAGAAGAAGCUGGCUUCCAGCAAAAACUGCCUGGACCCAGAGUUCCUCAAGGCCAUCCCCAUCAUGAAGACACGGAGCGGGAUGCAGUUCUCCUGUGCUUCUCCCAGCCACGGCAGCCCGGAAAGCUCCCAUGAAGUUUGGGUUUGCAACAGCGAUGGCUACGUGGGGCAGGUCUGUUUGCUCAGCAUCCGUAAGGAGCCCACAGUGGAAGCCUGCAUUGCUGUCUGCUCUGCCCGCAUCCUCUGCAUCGCCUCGGUGCCCGGCCUCAAGCGGGUCUAUAGGGAGCCGGUGGGCAGCCCCUCGUCGGAGCCGGUGCCGGUGCAGCCGGAGGAUGCGGCACCGCAGCCCUGCCUGCACAUCUCCAUCUCGGGUUCAUCGCUGGAGCUCUCGGAGCCGGUCGAUGGAGGCAAUAGGGAGCUGGUGCCCUUUGAUAGUGAUGAUACGGAUGAUGAGUCCUCACCCAGCCCGUCAGGGACACUGCAGAGCCAAGCCAGCCACUCGACCAUCUCCUCCAGCUUCGGCAAUGAAGAGAUCCCAAGCUGCAAGGAGGCAGCAGUGGAGACCACAAGCUCCGAGGAAGAGCAGGAACCUGGUUUCAUGCCCAUCACCGGCACCUACGGCCCCAACCGGCACGGAGAGAGCCCCACGGAUGGACGAGCCCUGCGGCGCUCCAGCCGCGGCUCCUUCACCCGCGGCAGCCUCGAGGACCUCCUCAGCCUCGACCCUGAAGCCCAUCAGAGCUCCAUGUGGUUGGGCACUGAGGAUGGAUGCAUCCAUGUGUAUCAGUCCUCGGAUAACAUCCGGAAUAGGAAGAACAGCAUGAAGAUGCAACACGCUGCUGCUGUCAUGUGCAUCUUGUACCUGGAUAACCAGGUGUUCGUGUCGUUGGCCAAUGGGGAGCUCGUUGUGUACCAGCGGGAGGCAGGCCGCUUCUGGGACCCCCAGACCUCCAAGUCGGUGUCACUGGGCUCACCGGGGAGCCCCAUCACCAAGAUGGUGGCCGUGGCAGGGAAGCUGUGGUGCGGCUGCCAGAACCGGAUCAUGGUCCUCAACACCACCACAUUGGCACAAGAGCACACGCUCCAUGUGGGGCAGGACAGCGGGCGCAGUGUCACCUGCAUGGUGAGCUCGGGCACGGGCGUGUGGGUCGCGCUGCAGAGCAGUGCCCAGGUCCGGCUCUACCACAGCACCAGCUAUGAGCAGUUGGCAGAGGCUGAUAUCACCCCCCCGGUGCACAAGAUGCUCGCGGGCUCCGAUGCCAUUAUCCGGCAGCACAAAGCCGCCUGCCUGCGGAUCACGGCUCUCCUGGCCUGCAAGGACCUGCUCUGGAUUGGGACCAGUGCUGGUGUGGUGCUGACCCUGUCCGUGUCAGCCAAGGCAGCCCCAGUGCUGGUGGGGCUGUCCCAAGGCCAUACCGGACAUGUCCGUUUCCUCACUGCCAUUGAGCUGCCCGAUGGAUUCGAGGUCCUAUUCCCGUUGCCAAGGGAGAGCGGGGCCGAGAAGCCGAGCGAGGCAGAGAAACGAGACCCAUCCCGUCCCCGAGCCCCUGCCCUGGCUCUGUCCAAGCCCAAGAUGCUGGUGAUCAGUGGUGGGGAUGGAUACGAGGACUUCCGCCUGACCAACAGCAGCGAGACAGUGGGAAGGGACGACAGCACCAACCACCUCCUGCUCUGGAGAGCAUGAACACCCACAGCCACAGGAAGGGGGGUGCUGCCCCCUGUAUGCAGAGGAUGGGGGUCCUGACCCCCUCCCCACCACCCCCAGCGCCUCUCAUCUCCAACCCGGCUGCUCUCUGUGUGCUUGGGGUUGGGGGGGAUGAGCCCCAGUCCCCCCAUUGUCCCCCCCCCCGGCCACCAUAAGGGACUGGGGGGUGGUGGGAUGAGCUGUGGGACACGAACCCAUUUGGGGGUGUGGAGAAGAUGGGGAGGGGGCUGAGUCCAUUUGGGAAGGAGGAAGGCAUCAAGGAGCAUCCUUGGGACCGGCCGGAGGAUGCUGUGUACAGCCAGAACCUGCCUUGCUCUCCGGUUGUGUGUGUGCCUGCUUUGGGGGGGGGAACAGGGGGUCACACCCCACAUCCCCCCCCUUUUCCCCUGGAUCCAUGGCCAUGCAAUGGGAGCAUCCCAGGGACAAUGUGCCCGUGGUGUCCCCCUCGGGCUCCCGCUAACCCGCUCGCUCCAUCGCAGCACCCAGAUAGCUGUUUGUCUGAUUGUUUGUUUUAAAUAUAUAUAUAUUAUAUAUA